CGUAACUUUGCACCCUUCUACAUCUUCUUCGCUGGUCUUCGUUCCCACUUCAUUAUAGCGGAUCGGAGAAUGAGUACAUUCGGAAAUUCUGAUUAUUCUACCAGAUAGGAAAUAUCUCUUGAAUUUCAAUUCUUCUCCUCACAAGACUCCUAUAGACUGUUCUGCUGGUUUGCUUCUUCUCCACUAUAGUUUUAUAAACUUUCGAUGGGUGAAAGUUAUUUGAAUCGGCUGGUCCGUUAUUGAGAAAGACAAUGGAUUUUAAACCAGUUCCAUUUUUCUUAAUUUCUGUGCUUGAAAAAAAAUAGAUAUUAAAAAUUUACUGUGUUUUCUUAAUCACACAUCCCAAUAUUAAUUGACAGAGCUGAAUCCCAUACUCCAUUUCUCUGAUUUCUUAUCCUGGUUGCUGCUGACCCUCGACGAGCCCUAACCUUCGUAAGGUCAAACCAUUUUCAAUUUUCUUUUUCUUUCUCCCUAAAAUGUUUUUUUUUUUUGUUAUAUAGUUGAGCAAGAAACCACAGGCUUAGCCGUACCAGAAUUUUAUCGACGGGUUGACAAUUUCGUGAUUUGGGUAGUUGAAAGUUUAGAUCUUUCGCUGAAAUUCUUCUGCUUUUUUUUUUCUUGUCGGAGCUUUGUUUAAAAAAAAUUGCAGAUUUCAUUUUAUAGGGAAAAAAGCAUUGGUUUCUUGUUCUGUCAAUGGGAGCUUUAGUUGAGGAGCAUUACAGUUUGGAGCUUGAUCAUGGAACGGGUCUUGGAGAUUGCAUUGAUCUAGGAUUUGAGGAUGAACUGGAAAGUAUGGCUAUUGAGGAUUCUGUAAGAGUCCUUUUGCAAUGUCUAGGUGAGGAUAUCAACAGAGAAGGUCUCAGAAAAACCCCUUUUCGGGUAGCCAAGGCUCUUCGUGAAGGCACCAAAGGCUAUAGACAAAAAGUGAAUGAUGUUAUACACGGUGCUUUAUUCCCAGAAGUUGGGUUGGGAACAGGGGUGGGUCAGGCAGGUGGGGCCGGCGGGCUUGUGAUUGUCCGUGACAUAGAUCUCUUCUCUUACUGUGAGUCUUGCUUACUCCCCUUCCAGAUCAAGUGCCAUGUAGGAUACGUACCCUCUGAACACCGUGUUGUAGGACUCAGCAAGCUCUCCCGUGUGGCAGACAUUUUCGCCAAACGCCUUCAAAACCCCCAACGCUUAUGUGAUCAGGUGUGUGGCGCCUUACAACAAGCGAUCAAUCCAACGGGUGUCGCCCUCCUCUUACAGUGCUCCCACCUCCAUCUCCAUCACGGGUGGGUCAAGGUCCAAGUCACUUCUGGGUCUGGAGUUUUUGAGGAUGAUAAAGCUUAUGUGUGGUCCGACUUUCUAUGCCUUUUAAAACUCAGAGGAAUAUGUUUAGACGCGAGAGAUGGUGAAAGACCCUUUUGUCCCUCCAAGGUUUCGUGCAAGACGCCUCUGCCGCCGCUGAAUUCGGUUAUGACUAGCGCGGUCGGGUCCAUUCUUCAGUCUCUGGGUGAAGAUCCAUUCAGGAAAGAGCUUUUAGGAACGCCGACCCGUUUUGUCAAGUGGUUCAUGGAUUUUAAGAAUUCUGAUUUGGAGAUGGAGAAACCGGAUGGAGGAUUAGUUAGGGGCCUUUUGGAUCCAAAAAUAGAAAUCAGGUCGGAGGUGAACUUGACGUUCUGGUCACAGUGUGAACACCAUCUUCUUCCAUUUUAUGGGGUUGUGCAUAUAGGAUACUUAUGUUGUUCAAAUAAUGGAGGUGGAGGGGUAGGAGUCAAACCAAUGCUGCAGUCUAUAGUGCAUUUUCAUGGUUAUAAACUGCAAGUGCAGGAGAGGCUAACGAGACAGAUAGCAGAGAGUGUUGCUUCUGUCCUAGGGGAGGAUGUAAUGGUAAUUGUGGAAGCAAGUCACACUUGCAUGAUAUCCCGAGGGAUCGAAAAAGUCGGGAGUAACACUGCCACGGUUGCUGUUUUGGGACGGUUUUCCCGAGAGCCCGCUAUAAGGAUGGAGUUUUUGCAGGGUAUUCCAAACUCUUGUGUGCUGAAGGAAAACAGUUAUAAUUAGGCUACAGUAGAAAUACACAAUGGUUCUCCAUUAGCAAGCGAAUGAUUCAGUUGUCUUUCUUUGGUGGCCAGAUAUACGGAUUGAAUAAAACGCUCAAACAGUGAACAUUUUAUUGUUUGUGCAUGUGGAUUAAUUUUCACACAGCCCAUUGCGGAGAAGUCGCAAUUUCUCAAAAACAUAUGUUUCUAUAUAUUCAUGGGAUGGGGGUGGGGGUUGUGGAUUCUCCUUUUGGAAUUUUGGGAGUUACCUUCAAUGUCCACAUGGACCACAUGUAUUUGAUCUUCAUGCAAUGAAUAUGUUGUGUGAUGCAACCAAGUAUCAGUUAGAAGUGUGUGAUACCC